UUUGCGGUGUUAAACGGUCACUUUUGCUUUUGCGAAAAUAAUCCACAAGAAACAGCGCUCCAAUUAUUACCGAAUUUAAGUGUUAUUAAAAGGCGUAGUUGUGAUAGAAAGCAGUAGCACAGCUAGUGCAGUUUUCCCCGCUCAGCGAUAGCCUAAAUGGUCACCAUGGAGAACAGCGACGAAAUCCUGCAAAUCCUCGAGCGCUUCACGCGCCUGAAGCAAAAGGAGAUCCCCAAGGAGCUGGAGGACUACAUACAGUACGUGGCCAAAACCGGCGAUACCAUCUUUAAGUGGUCCAGCCUGAAGUAUCUGUUUCGCGAAAAGCUGCUCAGCGUGAUUAAGAAUUUUAACGACGACUCGCCGCGUCUAGAGGAGAUCCCCAACUACCCAAAUGUGGAUCCCUUCAACUUCGAGACCAUGAAGUCUUCGCUCCUCGAGCGGCUCGAUCUCUUUAACGCAGCUCCGUUCACCGUACAGCGUUUGUGCGAACUGCUCAUUGACCCCCGAAAGCAGUAUUCGCGCAUCGACAAGUUCAUGCGUGCCCUAGAGAAGAACAUUUUGGUGGUUAGCACCAUUGAUCCGGGACGCAGGCGCACUGAAAGCGAGAACGGCGACUCACUGGACUCGGUGGUCAACGGCGAUCUCUCGUUGGAAGUCAACAUCGACAUUGAAAUGGAGAACGAAGCCCUAUUUAACAAUGGCAACGCCGAAGAGGGAACCACUCCCAGUUCGGGAUCGGCAGCCGGUGCCCAAAAGGCGAGCUGCCCGCGAUCGGACGAUCAUGUCAUGCCGAAAGCCAAGAAGGCCAAGCUUGAGAUCGACGGCGAUGAGCGCUCUGAGGCGACCGAUGAAGUGCCCGCUGAGCCGGAAGUGGCCGUCAAGGCCAAAAAAGACGAGGAAAAGAACGACAACGAUGAGACUGAUUCCCCACAAGAGGCUCCCGAGAUCGAGGAGCCCGACGAGGAGGUGGAUGCUGAGCCAGAGGCCAAGACCACCAAGCACGCCGUCAACGGCAGCAAGAAGCAGAGCGAGCAGGAGGAGAGUUCUCCAACCUCUGCGGAUGAGGAGGCCGAGGAGCCACCACUGAGUAAAUCCCCAGAAGCUGAGAAGGAACCAGCUGCCAAGAAGGAAGGGGAGGAAGACAAAAAGGAGGAGGCCGAGCGGCCGGAGCCGGAGACCGUCAAAGAGCAGGAGGCCGAGAAGACCGAUAAGUCUGGCAAAAAGGACGAACAACCGGAGGAAAAGCCGGCUGAAGACAAGGCCACGCUUCCAACCGAAGAUGAAAAGGAAAAGCCGGCCAAGGUCAAGCCAGAAAAGGAGACGGAUGUGGAUAAACCAGCUCCGGUUGCAGCGGAAAAGGAAAACGAAAAGGAAACUGCUGAGACAGAGACUAACUCUGCACCAGCAGCAGAGGAGUCCGCUGAAAAGGAAACAGCUCCCGCCGAAUCGAUACCGAAGACCAAGUCUGAGGCCAAGGAAGAGGCCAAGCCCGAGACCAAGGAGAGCCAACACGAAAAGACUGAAAAAGAGCCGGCAGAAAAGCCGCAGCCGGAAAAAAAGGAAGAGGAUGUCGAGCCGGCAGCAGAGACAAAAGCCGAUAAGAAAAAGCACGACGAAGAUUCAGCUGUCUCUGAAGCAGCCAAGGAACCGGUCGAAGACUCGCAGGAUGGGGAAGCUUCCAGCCCUUCUGUUGAAGAACGUGCCGCCGCCGGCACACCGCAAUCUCCAUUGGGCGCCGCUGAUUCGGCUGCCGAGACGCCGCCUGCCGAGAACACAGAAGACUCGCAGGCAUCGCCAUUGGCAGCGGUAACUCCGCCGUCUCUGGCUCUCAACGACCAGCCGAUGGAGGACACCCCGGCCGAGGAGGAGGCCCGCGUUUCACCGUCAGCCGCCGUUGAGGAGGUGGUCAUGGCCGAAAGCGGUCAAACCGCCGAAAUGGCCACCGAAGAGGCUGCCAAGGAUGAACCGGCCGCCAUGGAGGUCGAUGACACCAGCCAAGAGGUGAUGGACCAGUAGGCCGUGCCCAUUCAAGCGGCGAAAACAACUACAUUCAACUACUACUCAAUAUAAUUAGAAUUGUAAGACAAGCGCCGCAUUCCCCAUAAUGCAGAUGUAAUCCUGCUCCGCGCGGCCUCUAGGGAAGAAUUACGGAUCCAUGCGAUCCUGGAGAAAGAAGCGCGGUAGCAGCUCCGUUUUUGUAGCCGUAAGUCGCAGGCCAGACAAGCUAAAGUACUAGAUCAGGGGUGUCCAUGCUUAUUGCCCAUCGAGCUCUUAUGCUUAUUAUACCCUUGCCGAGAUCAUUAUUAUUUCAGUCAUAAGUUUACAGUGCAGUAAAGGAGUCAACUCCGAACCCAUAAAGAUACGUACAUAUAAUCGAUAGGAACAAUCGGAAAAAUUAAGGACAAUUAAUAGAAAAAUCGUCAUAACUUCGAUGCUGUAAAACAUUUAUGCAUUUACCUUGUCAUUUAAAAAUUAGUUACGAUAAAAGUUAUAUAGCUGCCAUAGAAGAAAUUUAAAAAUUAAUGGAAACUUUAACUUAAAUAGUUUCAUAAGAGUACACUCUUUUGCUGGCGUAGUAAGCAUCGGACUAACAAAUUUUGAAAAUUCAUUAUAGACUGAAGUUUUAACUGCAAGGGUAUAUAAGCUUACUUUCUUCUUGUAAUUGCUCUUGCUAAUAGGAAAGCGUCUUUAUGCACAGUUACAAAGUUACAAAACAUUUUUAGUUUUACCUUUUUUGUCAAUGCGCCAUUUGGAGUUCUACAAAAUUCCAAAUCAAUUUUGUAGUCGCAUUGAUGGCAGACAUCCACUUUAAAAAUUUGGUUAGAGCUUUCAUAAAAAUUAUCAUUCUCUGCAAGUCGUUUGACUAGUGAACAUUAUGUAUCGUUCAAUGCAAAAUUGUGUUGUAAAAUAAUUUUAAGAUUAAAGCAAUUUUUUUAUCCUAUAAUAGAGUAUAAAGUGUGACAUGCAGAACGGCAUUCUAAAAUCUUAUAUUAUUUAAUUUUUUGUAUUUUUUAUUAUCAAACGUUACCAAUUUUUCCUGUGCAGAAAAAAGAAAAGGAAAACUGUUUUGUUACCUGUGCGUGCUAAUGUUCUCCUUUUGUACUAUUUAUGUUGUGCUCGUUUUAAAGCAUCGUUUGGACGCCCCUAUGCUAAAAUCUGUUAAAAGUUUCCUGUUUUUUUUUUUUUAAUCUGUGACCCGUCCCUCUGUCUCUGUGUCUCUGUGUCCACCCUCUAGUUUUGUAUUUAUACUUUAUAGACAAAUCCCUUAUAAAGGACCAGUCCAAGGGUCCCAGCCCGCCUCUGUGUACCAUUUUUUUUAAAUAAACUAGUAGUAGAUGCUGUCCCUGGUGCGAACUUUGGCCAGAUUUGAGCGAAUAAACACAAUAAACACUAUCCAUACAAA